UCAAUUCACAGCCAGCUGUGAGGGCCGACGGUUGCACCUGUCUGUGGAACACGAUGUCAAUUAUAAGCAGGUGUCUGCUGCUGCUGCUGCUCGCCAGUGUUCUCUGUGGCACAGAGAACGGCGCCAACGCUUCAUAUGCACCUGGCACCGUGCUGGACAUUCAGCUGGGCGAUGUGAUUAUCGAGCAGUUUAGCUAUAUACCCACGCGUCAGGGCUACGAGUUCGGUUAUACACUGCCCAAUGGCACACAUCGCGAUGAGGUGGGCGAGCUGAUCAACGAUCGCUCCACGCCCGAGGAUAUACAGAAUGCCAACAAUUUUCAGAGGAACGCUCGACCCUCGCGUCGUCCGGGUCUCAAGAAUCGCAAAUUGUCACCGAAAUCUCUCUCAUCACUGGCUGGCUGAGCUUCUCACCUAUUUUUUAGACUUAGCUCAAGGCUAGACUUUGAGGUUUUCCCAGUUUUAGGCAAGUUUGUGUUAAUGUUUGUUCUACGUAUUAGUUAAGGUGCUUUUUCUAUGGUUUCCGAAUCGACUUAAAUUAAAACUACAAAAUGCAAUUCAAUAAAAUAUUGAAAGACGAUAAACAAAAAUGUGCUAGUGUCAAUAUCUAAAGUAAAUCAAGUGCGGAUUGUAGUUGGAUAAUAUUUUAUUCGAGAAGAUCUGUUUACUGAGAUAAAAAGUAGACUUUGGUUGUCAUUUGGUUAAUAAAAAUUAAUCAUCAAAAGAAAAAAAUAUAAACAAAACAGUUCGAACAACUGAUCAUAAUCCAACUGAAA